CAGCCGCCAGCCAGUCCUUGGCGCCCGUCUCCGUGCUGCCUGGGCCCUCCGGCUCCCGCAGACUCUCCAGGGCCUUGGCUGUCAGCGGGUCCCGACGUCCUUCCGGGUCGCCUGCGCACCUUGGCUGCUGGGAGCGAAGCGCAGGCGCAGUGGCUGCAUUUCCCCGGGAGGUUGCUCUGAGCACGUGGGUUGUGCUGCCCAGGGCGCGCGCGCGCGGAGGCACUUGGAACCUGAUUUUUUUGCUGGUGUUCAUCGUGGGUGGCAGACUAGUCAAGGCCAUGGCACCGGCGGGAAUCCUGAACGGGAAGGUGGUCUCCGCGCAAAUAAGGGAGCGACUGAAGAGGCAGGUUAGUCAGAUGAAGGAGCAUGUCCCUGGCUUCACACCUGGCCUGGCCAUCUUGCAGGUUGGCGACAGAGAUGAUUCCAAUCUUUAUAUAAAUGUGAAACUGAAAGCUGCUGAAGAGAUCGGGAUCAAAGCUACUCACAUUAAGUUACCGAGAACGUCCACAGAGUCUGAGGUGUUAAAGUAUGUCAUCUCCUUGAACGAGGACUCCACUGUGCACGGGUUCAUAGUGCAGCUGCCUUUGGAUUCAGAGAAUCCCAUCAACACGGAAGCAGUCAUCAACGCUAUAGCACCCGACAAGGAUGUGGAUGGGUUGACGAGCGUCAGCGCUGGGAAACUCGCCAGAGGUGAUCUGAGUGACUGUUUCAUCCCAUGCACACCCAAAGGAUGCUUGGAACUCAUCAGAGAGACAGGGGUGCAGAUUGCCGGCAGGCACGCUGUGGUGGUUGGGCGGAGUAAAAUAGUUGGUGCCCCCAUGCAUGACCUGCUUCUGUGGAACAAUGCCACAGUGACCACCUGCCACUCCAAGACUGCCAAUCUGGACAAAGAGGUAAAUAAAGGAGACAUUCUUGUGGUUGCCACAGGGCAGCCUGAGAUGGUGAAAGGGGACUGGAUCAAGCCCGGGGCUGUCGUCAUUGACUGUGGGAUCAACUACGUUCCCGACGAUACAAAACCAAACGGAAAGAAAGUUGUUGGCGACGUGGCAUAUGACGAGGCCAAGGAGAGGGCGAGCUUUAUCACACCUGUCCCCGGUGGUGUGGGACCCAUGACCGUGGCAAUGCUGAUGCAGAGCACAGUAGAGAGCGCACAGCGUUUCUUGGAGAAGUUUAAGCCAGGAAAGUGGACAAUUCAGUACAACAAGCUCAGCCUCAAGACACCAGUUCCGAGUGACAUUGAUAUAUCGCGAUCUUGCAAACCAAAGCCCAUCUGUAACCUGGCCCGAGAAAUUGGGCUUCUCACAGAGGAGGUGGAAUUGUAUGGAGAAACAAAGGCCAAAGUCUUGCUGUCGGCACUAGAACGCCUGAAGCGCCAGCCCGAUGGGAAAUACGUGGUAGUGACUGGAAUAACCCCGACACCCCUGGGAGAAGGGAAAAGUACCACCACAAUCGGGCUGGUGCAAGCCCUCGGCGCCCACCUGAAUCAGAAUGUCUUUGCGUGUGUGCGACAGCCUUCUCAGGGCCCCACCUUUGGAAUAAAAGGUGGCGCUGCAGGAGGUGGCUAUUCCCAGGUCAUUCCUAUGGAAGAGUUUAAUCUCCACCUCACUGGUGACAUCCACGCCAUCACUGCAGCUAAUAACCUUGUGGCUGCGGCCAUCGAUGCUCGGAUGUUUCAUGAGCUGACCCAGACAGACAAGGCUCUUUUUAAUCGCUUGGUACCUUCAGUCAAUGGAGUAAGAAAGUUCUCUGAUAUCCAAGUCCGAAGGUUACGGAGGUUAGGCAUUGAAAAAACUGACCCUGCCACACUGACGGAUGAUGAGAUCAACAGAUUUGCAAGACUCGAUAUUGAUCCAGAAACCAUUACGUGGCAGAGAGUGCUGGACACCAACGACAGAUUCCUGAGGAAGAUCACAAUUGGACAGUCUCCCACAGAGAAAGGCCACACACGCACGGCCCAGUUUGAUAUCUCUGUGGCCAGUGAAAUCAUGGCUGUUCUGGCCCUCACUAGUUCUCUGGAAGACAUGAGAGAAAGAUUGGGCAAAAUGGUGGUGGCAUCCAGUAAGAAAGGAGAGCCCAUCAGUGCCGAGGAUCUGGGCGUGAGCGGGGCCCUCACGGUGCUGAUGAAGGAUGCAAUCAAGCCCAACCUCAUGCAGACCUUAGAGGGCACACCGGUGUUUGUCCAUGCUGGGCCUUUUGCCAACAUUGCACAUGGGAAUUCCUCCAUCAUCGCAGACCGGAUCGCACUCAAGCUUGUUGGCCCCGAGGGCUUCGUAGUGACUGAAGCAGGAUUUGGAGCGGACAUAGGAAUGGAAAAGUUCUUCAACAUCAAGUGCCGGUAUUCUGGUCUCCAGCCACAUGUGGUGGUUCUCGUGGCCACUGUCAGGGCUCUUAAGAUGCACGGGGGCGGCCCCACGGUCACUGCUGGACUGCCUCUUCCCAAGGCUUACACAGAAGAGGACCUGGACCUGGUUGAAAAGGGCUUCAGUAACUUGAGAAAACAAAUAGAAAAUGCUAGGAUGUUUGGAGUACCUGUAGUCGUGGCCAUGAAUGUGUUCAAGACAGAUACAGAUGCUGAACUGGACCUCAUCGGCCGCCUCUCCAGAGAACAUGGGGCUUUUGAUGCUGUCAAAUGCACCCACUGGGCAGAAGGGGGCCGGGGAGCCUUAGCCCUGGCUCAGGCCGUUCAGAGAGCAUCACAAGCCCCCAGCAGCUUCCAGCUCCUCUAUGACCUCAAGCUCUCCGUUGAGGAUAAGAUCAGGAUCAUUGCACAGAAGAUCUACGGGGCAGAUGACAUCGAAUUGCUCCCCGAAGCCCAGAACAAAGCCGAGGUCUACACAAAGCAGGGCUUUGGGAAUCUACCCAUCUGCAUGGCCAAAACACACCUGUCUUUGUCUCACAACCCAGAGCAAAAAGGUGUGCCCACUGGCUUCAUUCUGCCCAUCCGUGACAUCCGUGCCAGCGUUGGUGCUGGUUUUCUGUACCCUUUAGUGGGAACGAUGAGCACAAUGCCCGGACUCCCUACUCGGCCCUGUUUUUAUGAUAUUGAUUUGGAUCCUGAAACCGAACAAGUGAAUGGAUUGUUUUAAACAGAUUUCCUAUCUCCAAGAGGCUACUCUGUCUGGCCAGUGUCUGUUCAGGCCCAUUGAGGAAGUGUGCAGAAAUCCAGGAAGUCAGCCCCUGCCUGAAGAGUUUCAGAAAUAGUGGGAGUUUCUCUAUUAGCCUUUCACAGCCUUAAUCCACAUCAUGUGUAUAAAUUAACAUAAAUCAUGUCUAUUUACUUAGUGAAAGUCUACAGAAUAAAUGGAAUAAUUUUGCUACCUUGGUGUUGAAA